GAGAGGAGGCUAGCUAGGGUUUUUCGCCCAAACCAUUUCCCCGUCUCGACUCUCAAGUGCGAGUCGCCGAACACGCACGCAUUUUUGCCCCCACGCCGCCGCCGAGGAUGGAGUCCAACGCCGAGAAGCUUCGUGGUCUCACCAUCACCUCGCUGGAUGAGGAAGACGACGAGCCCGAACUGCCCCACCGAUCCCCACCCGCCAGCGGCGGCGGCGGAGGCGGCGGCGCGGGCUACGAGGACGACGAUGAGGAGGAGGAGGAAGAGGCGGAGGUGACGCUUGGUUUUCUGGAGAAGCCGAAGCACCCGGGCCUCCUCCUCCGCCACCUGUUCCCUAGCAAGGCCGGAGGCAUCCCGGCGUGGUUGGAUCCUGUGAACUUGCCAUCGGGGAACUCGCGUUGCUGCGGCUUCUGCGGCGAGCCCCUGCAGUUCGUCCUCCAGAUAUAUGCACCGAUUGAGGACAAUGCGGCAUCAUUUCACCGCACUUUGUUCAUGUUCAUGUGCCCGUCAAUGGCAUGCUUACUCCGAGACCAGCACGACCAGUGGAAACAUAGACAAGGCAAUCCGUGUAGAAGCGUGAAGGUUUUCCGGUGCCAGCUUCCCCGUAGUAAUGCCUUCUACUCAAGUGAACCACCAAAGCACAAUGAUUCUGACAAGCCACUAUGUCCAGGAGCUCCUGUCUGCCAUUGGUGCGGUACAUGGAAAGGUGAUAAACUCUGUAGUAGCUGCAAGAAAGCACGCUACUGCUCUGAGAAGCAUCAGACACUGCACUGGCGCUCUGGCCAUAAGAGUGAUUGCCUACAGUUAAUCAGUUCUUCUGAAGCUUCAAGCUCUAUUUUUCCUGCUGUAGGAAAAGUUCCUGCUAGCAAAUCUUGGCCAGAAUAUGAGAUUGCAAUCGACUAUGAGGGUGCUUUCAAUUCUGACAGUUGUGAUGAGAGUAACUCAAAGUCCUUGGUGAUGCAAAGACCUGGUAAACCAGAUGAUAUGAUGCAGUCAUGGAUGGAUCAAUUUGAGGCUGAUGCUGACAACAAAUGCUGGGCGUCUUUUCAAGAGCGGGUCUCAAGAGCACCAAAGCAAGUAUUGAGAUACUGUCGAGAAGAGAAUGCCAAACCUCUAUGGGCGUUAUCGGCUGGUUGUCCAUCAAAUGCCGAUAUCCCAUCAUGUAGCUACUGUAGAGGUCCACUAUGCUAUGAAUUUCAGAUAAUGCCACAGCUGCUUUAUUACUUUGGUGUGAAAAAUGAGCCAGACUCUCUUGAUUGGGCAACAAUUGUUGUGUACACAUGUAAAGGAUCAUGCGAUCAAAAUGUCAGCUACAAGGAGGAAUUUGCAUGGGUUCAGUUAUACCCUACAACAACCACAAGGUCAUGAUAAUGUUUAUGGUUUAUUUGCCCCCACAGAGUAAGCUUUGUAAUGGCCUACAGGGAGCUGGCUGAGAUCAUCUGCACUCAUUUUUGACGUGAAGUCGGGAGCUCAACUGAUCAAGACGAGAUAGAUUUGUUUUCCUCUACUGGGGAUUUUUUAGUGGGGUGUGGUUUCGAUGAUUCCAGGUCAGUUGGUCGUGCAAUGUUGAGCAGCGUAGGGCCGUGGUCCCAAAUGCUUUGUGCUCGCUACAUUGGCUUUGAUCUGCUAGACCACUAGGGCCCAUUUAGCGCAUUUGAUAACAAAUAUAUGUGUUCCUUGUGGUCACCACCGUGCUUGGUUUAGUAUAUCUUUAGUGUUCGUUAAGAAUCUUUAUUUGUUUUCAGCAAAGAUCUGUAGUCACUAGUCCAAUUUGGCGUUUUGCUUGUAUGGUCCGAUGGGGAAAAACAUACUUUCUUUUUUUCAUUUUUCUUCAUGGCUUUUUCAUUUCGGUAUGGGUACUGUAUACACUGAUACACAUACAUCCACAGUAGACUAUAUAUACUCCAAUUUUUUAUC